AGUUAUCAAUUCCAGUUGUUUUCUUGUCGCCGCGGAAUAAAUACACUAGCUCUACCUUCUUUUUUCAGAACAAACAAAAUGGCCUCUUCCUCUAGUUUCCCGAGUCGCGCACUCCUCACUGGAGUACCUUCGCCAUGCCGGGCAACUGUAGCCGAACGCUUUCGCUCUUUACUCGCGUCAUCUUCUGCCGCGACACCAUCGUCCUCGUCUUCCUCACCCUUCUCUGGACGAGCAGGAUGCAGGAAGUACAAAAGAGAGGAAAGUACUUCCAAAGCUUUCUCCUCCACUUCAGCUGCGGCAUCUACACGAGCAAGAACGAAAGGAUACGCAGACCACACAAGAGGAAAAACGAGGACGAGCAAUUCCACUAACAAGAAGGGGACCGGCGAGGAUACUACUCAACAAACUUCAUCCAUAGCAUCAAAAGUCACCAGUAUGCGUGUAAACACAGUCCAGGACUAUUUGCGUCUAGGAACGGAGCCGGAUUACAGGGGUCUGGUUCAGGAAUGCUUAGUGGUGGGAAAAAAGCUACUCCUAGAGUUGCAGGCGAAGGGCUUUCAUCCAAAAGAAUUGCUGUUGCCACUGAAAGAUCAUUUAUGACUUGGUUGUAUGAUGAGGCUCUGCCCCUCGUAGAAUUCGAGAUUAAUUUGCUGGUCCUCGUAUCCCUUCAUCGCUUCAUCAGCCAGCUACCGAUGUAAGCCUUCUCGCUCUUUGCAAACUGCAUUGUUUUCGCGAAGAAAAAUAUGCUCUUCUUGAUAAUCAUUUCCCUUCAUUUCCCCGCAGAAAGCCGAUUCUGGACGGAAACAAGUCCUCUGCGGACAAAGGCGAACAAGAAGGCAGCAAUAGUUCUAGGCCUCUACUAGGCGAAAAAGCGCAUGAAAGACGAAAGCACCGUCUCCAAGCCCUUCUGGAUGACUAUGGCAGGAAGGAGGCCAGUAGGGGUAGUGCGUCUUCCCGUGUUCGAGCUCCAACGUUAAGGCUUCCCCUAAUCCAUCCCUUCUGUAGGGAUCCCUCAGAUAUAUGCGCCCCAAUUAUUGAUACAGGGGAGAUACUGACGCAUAUGUUUCAGGGAUUUCCACAGGGAUGAAUAGGGGAGAGCUCUAACAGCGGAAGAUGAAGAACCGAGAAAAGUCGUGGUUGACAAAUUAGCGCGGAGAGCACAGGAGAAUGAAGAUUAUGAUUUUGGUUUGUGAAGGUUGCAGAAGGGGGGUACUUUGAUUAAUAGGAUUGGGUAGGGGUACUAGGCGGAUCGACGUCCUGGAACGCAUUCAGAUGACAUUUGAUGAAGUUUCUUCGGGCUCCAACAGAGCACCAAGAAUCAUCAGUAUGCUCUGCCUCCGCGCUCCCCUUCAUCAACUUCAUCCAUCUAUUCUAAUGCUCGCUUCUCCGAUCCCAGUUUCCGCAAACAGAGAAAUUUCUUCGUGUGGAGGAUAAACCGCUAAGGCGUAUCGCACAAAUGCGAGAUUACAAGAAUGAACUUGUUGCUCGCUUACCGAUUCCAGCUGGGGAUUCCUUGCCUCAUUUGCCGCAUCCCAAAUUAGUCCUAGCUUUGGAGAAUAUCACAGACGCUGGCGAGUUAGGCACCAUUCUGCGUUCAGCGUUGGCGUUCCAGUGGCAUGGGGUGUUUUUUGUGGGCACGAAAAACGCGGAUCCAUGGUCCCCUGAGUGCAUAAGAGCAAGCCAAGGCGCGAUGUGGUCUUUGCCGUACAUGCGGUCGACGAAUCUAGAGAAGUUUCAUCACACGUAUUGCAAAGAAAAGGCGCUGGAAAAGGAUAAGUUGGCGUUGCUAGUUAUGAAAGAAGAAGAAUUUGAUAUGGGAGAAGAAUUUUUGCACGCUGGCGGAGAGGACCAUCAAGCUCAAGGGAUGCAAACAGUAGGGAACGAGAGUAAAACCAAAGGAAACAUCAACAAUCUUCGACCAUUGCGCCUUCAUCGAUUGAAGGUUCGUGAUUUUCUUUCUCCACGUAGCAGUACUACAGGAGAACAAGACGACCCUCACGCUGCUUUCGGUAGCACUAUGGCCUCAGCGAUACCAGGUAAAUCUUCAGCCAAAAAACUGACAUCAACAGCAGAAUUAGCCUCCAAGGUCCAUUUUCUGGAUGACAGGUCAAAGCUUGGAGCUGCCUUUGAGGGUGUAGUCUUGCAUUUGCGAGGUCGGACUGCCACAGGCAAGGCACCAAAUCAUUUUAUUCGGGUAACGCCUUCAAGCUCUUCGAUUAUAGAUGCAAGUGCGAGUAUGAGCAGCACGGAUGAAGGUGGUAGCAUUACUAGAUGUGGUUCUGCGGUAACAAGUAGCUUCACUCCAACACUCCCACUCGCAGUACAGGCCUCGAUGCUACUCUACCAGAUUCGUACGAAGCUAUUACCACACGCGCCGCAAACAGGACACAUCGCAUGAAGAAAAGCAGGGCUGAGGUUUUGUUAUUGUGCGUGCAGGUACUGAGAACAAAUAUGAUGAAGAUACGAAUUGGAAUAGAACGAUUAUGAUGUUCUUCUGUGCGCGAGCGCAACUGCCCAUCAAAUGUUAUCGGGAAAUGGGACUUUUUAGGAAGUCAUGUUUUACUGAAAUGAACCUUUGUAUUUUUGUCAGCACUGCAGCUAAGCUGUCCUCCGAU